AUGCUCUGCGCGGCCGCGGUCCGCAGCACCCUGAGCAGCUACGUCGCCGCGCGGCAGGCGUCUCGUCACGCUCUCAGCGCCGCACACCCCCGCUGCCAGCACUGGCAUCAACACCCGCGGCGCCAGCACGGCACCGCGACCCCCGCAAUGUCCACCGAGCACGUCCAGCACGAGGCGAGGCUGCCGGCGGGCGUCGCGGAGCAGGUCGGCGCCAUUCACGCCUCCGGAAAGAAGCUGUGCCUGUUCGUCACUGGCGGGGCCGCGCAGGCGAUUUCGUGGCUGCUGUGUGUUCCGGGGGCGUCGAGCACGAUCGUGGACGCACAGGUGCCCUACAGCCACGACGCCCUCGUCAAGGUCCUCGGGACGGAGCCGACAGACGGCUUCUCGAGCCGCGCGACCGCAUCGGCUAUGGCCCGGGCAGCGUACCUGCGCGCGGUGCGCCUUUCGCAGCCUGGGGACGCUCCGAUCGGCGUCGGCGCGGCGUGCGCGCUCGUCUCGAGGGACGUGAAGAAGGGCGACCACCGCGCGUGGAUAGCGACUUACGACGGCCGCCGUUCGCGCUCGUGUCGCGUCCAGUUGCAAAAGGGCCUCCGCAACCGCGUCGGCGAGGACGCCGCGGUGAGCGUACAGCUCCUCUCGAUGGUCGCGGACGCAUGCAACACGCCCGCGGCGGUCGCCCCGGGCCCCGGCGCGGAGAUCCUCGACGCCGAGGAGACCACCAUGUCGGACCCCAUCGCCGCGCUGUUGUCAGGGGGGGUGUCCACCGUGGAGCUCUCCGGCGGGCAGGUCUACGUGGACGCGCCGCGCGAGGGCCUCGUGCUGCUCCCGGGGAGCUUCAAUCCGCUGCACCAGGGCCACGAGGAGCUCCUGCGCGCGGCGGAGGCGGCGUGUGCUGCGCGGGGGGCGCAGCGCAGACCGUGCUUCGAGAUCGCGGUGGCGAACGCGGACAAGGGCACGAUCGCGCGGGCGGACCUCGAGGCGCGGCUGGAGCCGUUUUUGGACCGCGGGCUCCCUGUCGUGCUGACGCGGGCGCCUCUGUUCACGCAGAAGGCUGCGCUGUUCAAGAACACGACGUUCGUGGUGGGACACGACACGGCGGCGCGGCUGGUGAUGACGAAGUACUACCGGAACAGCCACGAGGAGAUGGUGCGGCAGUUCGUCGAGCUGGACCGAGCGGGGUGCAACUUUCUGGUGGGGGGGCGCGUGGCCGGCGACGACUGCUUCAAGACGCUGGACGACGUGGACGUGCCGAGCGAGUUCCGCGCGAUGCGGAUGUUCGAGGGGAUCCCCGAGGACGCGUUCCGGGUCGACAUCAGCAGCACCGAGCUGCGGCAGCAAGCGGAGGGCGACGCGUAG